CAAAAAAUUUUCUGCUCUGCGGGUUGUAGAAGAGUUCUGCUCUGGUUAAUGCUCUGCUUCGCUCGCAGUGUUGAGCGAGGCUCUCUCUACGAUACUCACUCUCCACCCGUUUCAUCUCCGUCGAAAUCCCAUCUCUCUCUCCGGCAAUGGACCUAUCCACAAAACUCCAUUGCCUCGAACUCCGCUCCUCCUUUAUCCGGGGUUCAACCCUUCUUGAUGCUCCGAAGCCUGCUUUUCGUAUCAGGCCAAUCUCAUCGCCGAUAAGCUCCCGAUUCGUCAAACCCGACACUCAUUCGACCAGACCCAGGAUUAAUUGCAAGGUCGCCAAGAGGUUAGCCGCGGUUGCGGUGGAAACAUCCGUCGCGGAGACCAAUUUGAGGGAAGACAUAGAGUCUCUGUUUUCCACCAAUUCGGAGGACGAUUCCGGGCGAAAGAACACGAAGAAACAGUCGACUACUGGCGCUUCGAGUGUUUCGUCCGGUGUUAAGCUCGAAAAUGUCAGCAAGAGCUACAAGGGUGUGACGGUGUUGAAGGACGUGAGCUGGGAAGUGAAGAAGGGCGAGAAAGUGGGCUUAGUCGGCGUGAACGGUGCGGGCAAGACGACCCAGUUGAGGAUUAUAUCGGGCCAAGAGGAGCCCGAUUCGGGGAAUGUGAUUAAGGCGAAACCGAACAUGAAAAUCGCCUUCUUGAAUCAAGAAUUCGAGGUUUCCCUCAGUAAGACUGUGAAGGAGGAGUUCAUGAGUGCUUUCAAGGAGCAAAUGGAGAUCGCAGAGAGGUUGGAGAAGGUUCAGAAGGCGAUUGAAGGUUCUGUGGAUGAUUUGGAGUUAAUGGGGAGGCUUUUGGAUGAGUUUGAUUUGUUGCAGAGGAGGGCUCAGGAUGUGGAUUUGGAUGUAGUGGAUGCUAAGAUUAGUAAAAUGAUGCCUGAGCUUGGGUUUGCUCCCGAGGAUUCGGAUAGGCUUGUGGCUUCUUUUAGUAGUGGGUGGCAGAUGAGGAUGUCUCUAGGGAAGAUUCUGCUUCAGGAACCGGACUUAUUGCUUCUGGAUGAGCCUACAAACCACCUAGAUGUUGACACUAUCGAAUGGCUUGAAGGUUAUUUAAACAAGCAAGAUGUGCCAAUGGUCAUCAUAUCUCAUGAUCGGGCUUUCCUUGAUCAACUGUGUACUAAAAUUGUGGAAACCGAUAUGGGUGUCUCCAGAACAUUUGAGGGAAACUAUUCUCAGUAUGUCAUAUCAAAGGAGACAUGGAUUGAAGCUCAAUAUGCCGCAUGGGAGAAGCAGCAGAAGGAUAUUGAGCAUACAAAAGACUUAAUAAGUAGGUUGGGUGCAGGAGCAAAUUCUGGUCGUGCUUCUUCUGCUGAGAAGAAACUGGGAAGACUUCAGGAAGAAGAGCUGGUAGAGAAGCCAUUCCAGCGUAAACAGAUGAAGAUUAGAUUUCCUGAGCGGGGAACAAGUGGUCGAUCAGUGAUCACAAUUAAAAAUCUUCACUUUGGCUAUGGAGACAAUGUGUUUUUUGAUAGGGCAAAUCUUGCAAUUGAACGCGGAGAGAAAAUUGCAAUCAUUGGUCCAAAUGGAUGUGGAAAGAGUACUUUGCUGAAACUCAUUAUGGGUUUGGAGAAGCCCAAAGGAGGUGAAGUCUUGCUUGGGGAGCAUAAUGUGCUCCCAAAUUACUUUGAGCAAAAUCAGGCCGAAGCACUUGAUUUGGAAAAGUCAGUACUUGAGACUGUUGUUGAAGCAGCAGAGGACUGGAGAAUUGAUGACAUUAAGGGACUUCUUGGACGCUGUAAUUUUAAAGCUGAUAUGCUUGAUCGGAAGGUUUCGGCUUUGAGUGGUGGUGAGAAGGCCCGUCUAGCAUUCUGCAAGUUCAUGGUAAAACCAUCAACUUUGUUAGUCUUGGAUGAACCUACUAACCACUUGGAUAUACCUUCAAAAGAAAUGCUUGAGGAGGCAAUUAGGGAAUACAAAGGCACUGUAAUUACGGUUUCACACGACAGAUACUUUAUUAAACAGAUAGUCAAUAGAGUAGUAGAAGUCAAAGACUCCCAUUUACAGGACUAUGCUGGGGAUUAUAAUUAUUAUCUGGAGAAAAACCUCGAAGCUAGGGCAAGAGAACUAGAACGAGAGACAGAGCUUGAGGAAAAGGCCCCUAAAGUAAAAGCAAAAUCCAAGAUGUCAAAGGCAGAGAAGGCAGCACGGAAGAAGCAGAAAGUCCAGGCUUUUCAGGCAGCUAAGCAAAAAUCGAAAGGAGCGAAAAACGCUAAGAGAUGGAACUGAGUGAGCUCGCCGUACAUUUCAGAUGGCCGAACUUGGACAGGUCCUAUAACGCAGAGGGCACUGCAGUUACAUUUCCCCUGGGCAAGACCAUGCCUGUGUAUAUGUAUAUACCGACGACAAUGUGCCCUUUUAGUUCUAUGAUAUGUAGUUCUCGAUGUCAAGCAAAUCACAGUUUAUAAUGAUAUGCACAUUGAAAUCACCCUGGUCAGCCUGGCGAUAUUUCAUGUCAGGCGCCAUGGCUUCCUCGGUCAAGUAAAAUGAUCACUCGUUAGCAAA